AAAGAGCAAAAGGGCAACCUGUACCUCAAAAGAGACAGCAGACCAAAUGAUUGAAGACCUGAAGAAGGAGCUGGUGGCUAAGCGAGCAUCUUUAGAGUCAACUUCUGAAAAGGAGUCAUCAGAUGAGGACCUACUGCCCAGGAACUGGAGUAAGGCACAGCUGCAAAUAAAGGAACUUAAAAGAGAGAACAAGAGGCUGAAAGAAGGCAAUGUUGAAGACAUACUAGAUGCCAUGAGAGAGCUUCCGGUAGUAGUAACAAAGUUGAAAGAAGUAAUUGAAAAAGUCACACACCAGACCUCAACUUCUGCAUCCAACUGGUCAACACCAACAGCAUCUGUAGACUCACCAGCUUCUGCAUGCGUUUCUCCUGAAGUGGUGUCUGAUGAUAUGGUGUCUCUUGUGCCAGGCUCUGAUGUCAAAGUCCCUAGACGAAAGCUUAACUGUCUGCGGACUGCAAAUCUAUCGGUCUACAUAGGGGACCUUGCUGUGCUUGUCUACGGCAGGGAAACGCUGUCCCAUUCAAGUUUGACGGGGAGACAGUCUGGGGCACACAAAGACAUGGAAUCCAAGCCACAACUCGAUAACACAAAACUUGAAGCUAUAGUUGGCCAUGCUCUGUCGAAAUUUCCUAACAUCAGCAUCCAUGAUGUGAGACGCAUCAUAAGAAAAAAAUGCAACAACGAAAGCUACACCAACCAAGCUACUGCAAAGAAGACCGUAUGAAAAGAACAUUUAGUUUUGUGGUUCCUCUGCCAUUUAACAGGGCAGAAACUAGAGGAGUACAACCUAGGAGCUAGUGACCCUACAUAUGUGUUUAUACUGUUUGUUGAACUGGACAUCCAAAACAAUAUUUGUUUAAAACUUUGAUUUGUAGAGAAAAAAACUAUUUUCAUUCCCGAGUUUUACCUUGUGUUCAUGUAUAGUUCGCUGGUUGUGUACAUGCAAGUUAACAUCAAGUCUGCAUGCCCAAAGUACAGUUAAUGGUUUAUUUCAAGUAUAAAUACUAUAAGCUAAUGGGAAACUUAGUAGUAUAUUUUAAAUGCAGAAACUAAAGAAGUACAACCUGUUUGUGGGUAGCUAGCUAUGUGUUCGUACUGUGUUGUCCUUUGUUUGAACUGGACAUCCAAAACAAUAUUUGUUUGAAAACUUUGAUUUAUAAAGUAAAUGACUAUUUUGACUCCUGA